CUUCCCAUUCCAUUUUCUCCAUAUCUUUUUUGUUCUUAAAAGUAUGCAUGCAAAGAAAGAAACAAAGAACAAAAUGGUUUCCAUAAGGUUUCGUAUCUUUGUCUUUGCAAUCAUAUUCAUGUUACUUAACAGUGUUGCAUAUUCUCUUCAAGAUGCUAAGAUGGUGAUGGUGGUUGGAGAUAAAUUAGGAGAAGAAGAAAGGCCCUUGUUGUCCAGACAAGAAAAGGGUACCCUCUAUGCAGUUUCUGCAAGUGUUGGAACAUUGGUAAAUGGAAAGAUAAAUGGUAGGAGAAUGCUGGUGAAGAUGGCGGAGGAACAACAUAUAAAUGGUGACGAGAUGGUGUCAAAGAAAGCUUCGUCUUCUUCAAGUGGAAACCCUAGAAAAGGUGGUCAUAAAAUGACGAAGAGAAGCAAGAAGAUAGAUCAUAAUGAUCAUGAUGAUAAUCAUCAUGUCAAAAUGAGCUCGACUUUCAUGGCUCUUAAUUCUGAUUACCAUGUCCCAAGGUCUCAUCCACCCAAAAAUAACUGACUUCAUAUAGAUAGGGUUAAUGAUCAUACAUUCAAGAAAGGGGAGCAAUUUUGUAGUGCUAGUUUCUUUCUUUCUUUCUUAUACCUUUGCUCCAUCCUUUUAUUUGAUCUUGUUGGUAGGCUAUAUAUAGGUAAAACUUGUGGAAAUCUCAUAUAACUGUACGUUACCACACAUAUAUACUACUAGGAUUAAGACAG